GAGCGAGGACGGGACAUGGAGCAUGAAGCGAAGAAAGGGAAAAAGGGGUUCGUGUCUCCCAUCAAGAGGCUGGUCUUCCCGAAGGCAGCCCGGCGGCAGGCCCUCAAAAGCACAGUGUACCGGCGCCCACUGCACUCGGUCCCGCUGUACCCACCGGACUAUCUCAUCGACCCACAGAUCCUACUGCACGACUAUGUCGAAAAGGAAGUGAAGUUUUUAGGUCACCUGACCUGGGUGACCACUUCCUUGAAUCCCUCCAGCCGCGAUGAGCUCUUGCAGCUACUGGAUACUGCGAGGCAGCUGAAGGAGCUUCCUCUGAAGACGACCCCCGAUCAGGACAGCAUCUUGAGCCUUUCAGCGCGCUGCCUGCUUCUGACCUGGAGGGACAACGAGGAGCUCAUCCUGAGGAUCCCGACACAUGAGAUUGCUGCGGCUUCCUACCUGCGGGAUGAUGCUUUGCACCUCCUGGUGCUCAAGACAGGCUUAGGUGUUGACCCGGUCCCUGCGGGGGGCAGCUUGGACAUCUAUCCAGGAAUCAUGCAGGAGAAGAAGUUCCCAGGAGGACCGGCUGAGAAGAGGCCGAUGGAGGCGCGGCAGCUGGGAGGCACCAUGGAGCGGCGUCAUACCAUCUGCAGCUUGGACUGGAAGAUGGCCCGGAGCGCCGGGCAGGAGGGGCGGCCGAGCGGCAGCGGUGGGGGCAGCCUGGAGCGGAAGCAGGGCACGGGCAGCUGGGAGAAGCGGCAGCCGGCCGGGGGCAGCCGGCCCUUCGGGAGCUGGGAGCGCAGGCAGACCUACAGCGGCAGCUGGGAGCGUCGGGCUGGUGUGGGCAAAGCCGGAGGCAGCUGGGAGUGUCGCCAGGCCAACAAGGCGGGGGGCAGCUGGGAACGCCGACAGACCUACAGCGGCAGCUGGGAGAGAGGCAAGACUUGUGGCAGCUGGGAGCGCCGGCACAUGGGAAACAACCCCCUGGACCCCAAGGAGCCCUGCCCUGAAGCCUACUGCAACCUCAUCAUCCUGGCUGUGGCUAACAGAGACACAGCCGAGGAAUCGUGUGCUCUGAUCUGCCAGGUUUUCCAGAUAAUAUACGGGGACCAAACCAUUGAGUGUGUGGAUCGGGCCGGCUAUCACUACACGUCCACCCCAAAGCGUCCUUGGCUAUCCAGCCGGAGUGAGAGCUGUCGGACUGAUGGGACUUACGGAUACGAUGCAGAUUUCAGCUGCUGCAGCUCCUUUGACGGCUCCCACGAAACCUUUGAAGCCUACGGCAGCGGUUCUUCCUCCCCUUCCUUUCACCGAUCGCAUCACAGCCUCGCAACGGCGUACAGCGGAAGCGACCAAAGCAGCACCGGCCGGGAGCAACUGCAAGACUACAUGGUCACGCUGAGAAACAAACUAACCCCGCAGGAGAUCCAACAGUUUGCAUUAUUGCUCCGGGAAUACCGCAUGGGGCUGGCCGUGGAAGGAUACUGUGCAGGCCUGCUCCACCUCUACGGAGAAAAGCGGAAGUUUCUUCUGCUGGGCAUGCGGCCGUUCAUUCCUGAUCAGGACAUUGGCUACUUCGAGAGCUUCCUGGAGAACAUCGGGAUCCGGGAAGGGGGCAUCCUGACAGACAGCUUUGGGCGCAUCAAACGCAGCAUGAGCAACACCUCCGCCUCGGCCGUGCGCAGCUACGACAGCUGGUCCCUCCGCUCCGAUUCGGAGUCCUUCAACCGCAUGAUCACGGACAUCACCCACGACAUCGAAGCCUUGGCGCGUGACGAAGAGGAAGAGGAGGACAUUGAGGAGGACCACGAAGACAACUACCUGUGAGGCGAAGCCAGCCCAGGCCUGAGAGGAGGAGGAG